UUGCUGGGAUACAAAUGAGCAUGGUGGUCCCUGGUGGGUUAUACGAAUACCAAUUUUAAUUUCUAUUAUAGUGAAUUUUAUACUUUUCAUUAGUAUUAUCAGAAUCUUACUGCAGAAGUUAAGAUCUCCAGAUGUUGGAGGAAAUGACCAGUCACAGUACAAGAGACUUGCAAAAUCCACGUUGUUGCUUAUUCCAUUAUUUGGAGUUCACUACACAGUGUUUGCUUUAUUUCCUGACCGCAGUUCCAAUAGUUAUAAAAUAAUCUUUGAGUUGUGUUUGGGAUCUUUUCAGGGGUUGAUUGUUGCAGUCCUGUAUUGCUUUUUGAACAGUGAAGUGCAGGGGGAGCUGAAAAGGAAGUGGCGCAGUCUGUGCUGGAAGCAGACAGCAGGCAGAGACUACAGACUCCACAGCUCUUCAAUUUCUCGAAACGGAUCAGAAAGUGUUUCUCAGCUCCACCGGAAUUCAAGGGCUCACUCGUUUAUGCAGACAGAGACCACCAUGAUAUAAAUGAGCUAGGUCCCCAAAACAUGAAAAACCGUGGGAUGUAUCAUUCAUUAUGCAGCUUGAUGUGAUAUUUUAUAAAAUGUACAGUUUAGUGCUUUGCUUUUCUACAUGUUGGUGUCUGGGAAAUUGGUUUGUGCAGCCAACCUGUUGAUAACAGAGAAACCUGCCCCAUGGGUGCUUUCUGUUUUCCUUAAAUGGUAUUCAUAUUAAUUCUGAUGUUCUCUUGCAGUUUACUAGCCAUAACAAUUCAAAAUUCAAAAAACUUAUUUACCAGGAUGGUCCCUUUACCCUCCAACGUGGCUGCAAGAUUGAUGCAUGGUGUCCUGUUCAAUGCAGACUGCUUUGGCACAUGUUGUAAGGGUUAAGAUGAGAAGCAAGAAAAUUUCUUAACACUUUAUUUUUACCUAAGGAAACAUUUUUUUCCUUAAGGAUUAGGAAAUUCCUUUCUAAUUGUGGAAAAUAAAAAUAAAGAAAUCUAAUUGACUGCAGUGGGAGUUCAGUGUGCUAAUCCAGGAAAUCAUGGACAU